GGCCAAAAUGCUUACUUUGCUGGCCCUAUUGUUUGUGCCGGCUUCAGGCAUGUUUGUGGGGUUCAUGUACUAUAACUUUAUGGCAAGCAAAACAAUUUCGAUGCCCGAGAAAAGUGGCCCGAAUGCGUUUCUAUCAGGACUAUUAGGGAUCAAGCAAACUGCGGAUCUUGCUGGGUUGUAUCUGCAGCUUCAGUCAUGUCUGAUAGAGUAUGCAUACAAACUAAAGGAAGAGAUCAGAGAAUAAUUUCGGACACUGAUAUUCUAGCAUGCUGUGUUUCUUGGUGCGGCGAUGGCUUUUUUACCGGAGCAUUUUUCGAAACCAUUCGUGGAUAUUAUACAGAUGUAAUGGAGGGUAUAUGCUUAAAGCCUUUCAGUUCGCUUUGCUAUCUGGAGUAGUUACUGGCGGCUUGUACAAAUCAAAGGAUUGCUGCAAGCCAUACCCCUUCCAUCUAUGUGGUCAACACAAAGGUCAGCCAUAUUAUGGCGAAUGUUUGAAGGAUAACGAAGUUGCACCACCUUGCCGCAAACAAUGUCAGUUCAGAUAUGAGAAGGAUUAUUCAGUUGACAAGAUCUUCGCGGAUUCCGCUGAAUUUGUCAAUGCGUCCGAAUUGGCAAUUCAAACGGAACUGUUUACCAACGGACCCGUUCAAGCAGGUUUUAUAGUUUACGACGACUUCAGGUACUACCAGAAAGGAGUAUAUGUGCACACAUGGUUUGGUGAGGCAGGAGGUCACGCCGUCAGAAUCAUAGGAUGGGGUGUAGAAAACGGUGUCAAAUACUGGCUCGUCUCAAACUCUUGGAACUCUGAUUGGGGAGAAGAAGGCCUCUUCAAGAUACGCGUGGAACCAACGAGUGCCAGAUUGGAGAAAUGGUCGGGACAGUCACCAUGUAUUUUAAACCAUCGUCUGGUCAAUAAUAAAUUAGCAAUUUUUCUCUACAAAAGAGCAGAUAGCCGAAUCAGCAUCAUUACAUUAACACAAAACUCCUAG